AGAUGGAAUAGCUUCUAAAGCUUCGUGUCUAUGCUUUUUGAUGCGUUGUAUCAAAUGCGACACGUUUGAGAUGCCAUCAAGACCCUCACUGCAUGUGGUAAUCGAGUCACCGUGACAGACGACUACAUCCAGACCGAAAGCAGACCGAGGUGAAGAGGUGAAGCGCGGCCAAGCUCGGUGAGAGCGCCCAGCUUCACGAUCUGCUGCAAGCUCUCAUCUUCGCCCCUCAUGCCCCCACACUACCCAGGAACGCCCCGCGAACUAGCCCGAUGAUGCCACUGUCUAGUGCCCAGUCCUCCGGUCUCGCCCUAGGGAUGCGAAAAAAUCUUGCAGAUGGGAUUGACUGCCGCUAGGUAUUUCAUAUAAUCUCGAUAUGGGCCCUCCACGUCUUGGAGACCGUACCUUCUGGACAACAUUUCCACUGUUCGAUCCUUCAAGUUUCGAACAAACAUAGGCACCUAGCCCCAAACGGAACAAUCGCCGGCUUCAGUCACUGUCCUUGAGAAACAGGAUAUUCAGCCAUGACGGCGUACGAUUCCUCCCGGCCCCGGUCCAUCGGGCCCGCCGCCGACGACGAUGCGGUCCGCGACAUUGAGAAGUCUGGCGCCGAGGACCACCACGACCACCACGACGACAAGGCCGCCAUUCUGGAGCCCCAGCUCAACGUGGGUGGCCAUGGCCGCACCCAGCGCCGCCUGCGCGACUACCAGGUCACCAUGAUUGGUUUCUGCAGUGGUAUCGGAACCGGUCUCUUCAUCGGAACGGGCUCGGCCUACGCCAAAGCCGGUCCGGCUGGUCUUCUGCUUGCCUACAUCAUCGUCGGUGCUGUCUUGUGGUGUGUGAUGCAGAGUAUCGGAGAGCUUGCGACCUUGAUUCCCACCGCCGGUUCAUUCCCCCACUGGGCAACCCGCUUCAUCGACCCGGCCGUCGGUUUCUCCCUUGCAAUCUCAUACGGCUACUGCUACACAAUCUCCAUCGGUGCCGAGGCUUCCGCGGCCGCAAUUCUGGUGUCGUAUUGGACAGACAUAACACCCGCCGUCGUCAUCACGAUAUCCCUCGCCCUCAUCCUCUUCUGCAACCUGCUCAGCGUGCGCUGGUACGGCGAGACCGAGGUCGUGGGCGGCUCCAUCAAGGUCCUCUGCUUCAUCGGCCUCGUCUUCACCUCCAUCAUCAUCACCGCCGGCGGAGGUCCCAACCACGAGGCCAUUGGCUUCCGGUACUGGAAUAACCCGGGUGCCUGGGUUGAUUACAACGGCAUCACUGGGUCGACUGGUCACUUCCUGGGCUUCCUCGCUGCCUUUGUGAACGCGUCCUUCUCCUUCAUUGGUGUCGAGACAGUCGUCAUCAGCGCCGCAGAAUCAAUCAACCCCCACAAAGCCAUCCCCAACGCCGCCCGCCGCGUAACAUGGCGCAUCGGCUUCUUCUACGUCCUCGGCGCCCUCCUCAUCUCCCUCAUCGUCGACCCCCGCGAAGAAGGCCUCGUCUCCGACUCAGGCAACGCAAACUCCUCCCCCUGGGUCAUCGCCAUCCGCCAGGCCGGCAUCAACAUCCUCCCCUCCAUCGUCAACGCCUGCAUCCUCGUCAGCGCCUGGAGCGCCGGCAACUCGUACUGCUGGGUCGGCUCCCGCAUGAUCGUCGCCAUGACGACGGACCGCCAGCUGCCGCAGUUCUUUGGCCGCACGACCAAGCACGGCGUCCCGUACGUUGCUGUCAUCACCGCGUGGUUGUUUGGCCCGUUGGCGUAUCUCAGUCUCGGGUCUGGCGGUGCUGCUGAUGCGUUUAACUGGUUGCUGAGUUUGAGUACCGUUGCUGGGCUGAUCGCGUGGGCGACGCUUUGCUUCUGCUACAUCCGCUUCCACAAGGCGAUGAAGGUGCAAGGUGUCAGCCGUGAUACUUUGCCCUGGAAGGCGCCCUUCCAGCCGUUCGCGGCUUGGUUUGGCUUCAUUGGAUCGACUAUUAUCGUCUUCGUCGCUGGCUUCUCCGUCUUCCUUGCCGGUAACUGGUCGACCUCGGACUUUAUCUCAUCGUAUAUCGGCAUCCCAAUCUUCAUCGUGCCCAUCAUCGUCUGGAAGAUUGUUCAUAAGACCAAGUUCGUCCGCGCUCACGAGAUCGAUCUCUGGUCUGGCCGUCUUCACGAGUCAGAGUGGGCCCCCGAGAAGGCCAAGCCGACGACAUUUAGCGGGAAGGUCAAGGACUGGUUCUCAUGAUCGACACA